AUGCUGAAGGAUCUUGGGGGUGUUGUUGAUGAUCAGCUGAAGGUGUACGGGGUCGAGGGCCUGCGAGUUGCAGAUAUCAGCUUCUGGCCCAUGCCGCUCAAUGGGGCCCCGAGUGCGACGGUGUACGCUUCGGCGGAGAUGCUCGCCGAUAUGAUCAAGAAUGAGUAUGGUCUUGAAUAA